AGAUCCAAUCAUGACGUUGGGUACGGAACGGAACGAACGCGCUCAACGACGUACGGCUUCGCAGGAGAGAGCUAUAAGCGCUGUGCAGGAAACGUCCAUGGAGAAGCGGCAACCAGGAGCACCGACGUCCGUGGACACGGGUGGGGUGGCGGUGCUGUAGUGACGCUGGAGACGGGCGAGAUCAGGACGAUCACGGGACGCACGUCUAUGAACCUGAGCCUGGGCGGCUUCACCUUUAGCAGCAGGGGCAGAAGUGCGUCGGCGGUAAGCGGUACGGACGGCAGCCCAGGAGCGGGACGGAGCACUGAAGUAGGACGAGGCGGAGACGACGCUCCACGAGAUGGCGAAGACGGAGUGGUCGCGAGCGCAAACGAGAACCAAGACGUUGACCUCAAGACGGUGAAGGCCGAAGUCCGUCGGCAGGUGGUGACAGUGGGCACGAAGUGGAGAGACGACCAGCUCUACCACGAGGUUGCAUCGCACUUGGACGGCGAGUCGAAGCGCUGGUUUGCGACGGUGAUCAAAUCAGUAUCGCCUGAAGAAGAAAACAUCGACCCAUAUGCCGAGCUGCUGCGCGCAAUGUACAUGACGCAACGCACGGAUCCGGAGGUGGUUGUCCGCCAGGAGGCAGAUGAAGGGCGAGGGCUUGGAGGGAGAGACGCACGUGCGACGGCACAGGCUCGGCCGCUGGGCGAAGCAGUUAGUCUGGCGACCCCACACGUGGACGAUUACGGCGAAGGCUACGGCGUGGGGUCGAGACGGCGAUGGUGCGCUGGGACGAGCGUGAGGCGCGGCAAGGGCGGGGCCCUUGACGGCGUUGGUCGGGAGCGAGUGUGGUGGUUCAAACGGCCUUCUAUUUGG